GGAGGUCUGUGCCGGUGUCCUUAGUUAGCGCUGUGGAUUGUGGGUUGAUGAUGAACGGUCCAGUUGAUACGGGACAAAUAAAGUUUGGAUAAGUAGGCCUGUGCCACUUAGGGGAAGGGUCCAAGUUGGCACUGUCAAAAACUUUAUUUAGCCGAUCCAAGCAUUUUUUUUGUGAAAUGUAGCAGUGGGAUGGUUGUACUUAAAUGGUUAACUUCAGAGCUCCUCUCUCAAAUAUGCGUAAAUAGGAUGGCAGUGAGGUUUUUUUGGCAUGGCAGCUCCUGAGCGCCGGUUGUGAAGAAUUGUGCCUUGUUGUGCGCCCACCCCCCGCUCCGUGCCGCACUGGUUCCGUCUGGCUCGCCCUCAGCUGCUGCGUGUCCUGGGAUGACCUGUUGAUGUCGGUAGAAUGGAGAAUGGCAGGGGGAGCGAUUUCCCCCAUCACCAAAAUAUUUAAAUAAGCAACAUUUGGGCUUGACAACCGGCGUCGCAGCACAGAUAGCUCGUCAGACAGCCAACCCUUCGGUGGUGUGCGUAGGCGCACCAUGGCCCAGACCCUCCAGAUGGCGAUCCCAAACUUUGGCAACAAUGUUUUAGAGUGUCUGAAUGAGCAGCGGCUGCAGGGCCUCUACUGCGAUGUCUCCGUGGUGGUCAAGGGCCACGCCUUCAAGGCCCAUCGAGCUGUGCUGGCUGCUAGCAGUUCUUAUUUCCGGGACCUUUUCAGCAGCAGCAAUAGUGGAGGUGGUAGCAGCGCUGAAGCCAGCCCAACUGUAGUGGAGCUACCGUCGGCUGUGCAGCCCCAGAGUUUCCAGCAGAUUUUAUCUUUCUGCUACACAGGCCGCCUCAGCAUGACGGUGGGAGACCAGUUUCUCCUCAUGUAUACUGCUGGCUUCCUGCAGAUCCAGCAGAUCAUGGAAAAAGGCACUGAGUUCUUCCUCAAGGUCUCCUCCCCCAGCUGUGACUCCCAAGGUCUUCAGGCUGAGGAGACCCCUCCUUCUGAGCCCCAGAGCCCUGUGACACAGACCAGUAACGGUGCAGGCCGACCCGCCUCCUGCCUGACGCCGCUCCCACUGGUAUCACGAGUGAAGACAGAGCAGCCCUCCAGCCAGCCGGAAGCCGCCACUCCUUACUCCGUGGUCUGCACUCCGGUAGCCAAGCGGCUGUGGGAGGGUGGCAGCAGCCGAGAUGGAGGCGGGGUCGGCUCAGGGGGAGGAGGCGGAGCCAGAAAGGCAGCCCGUUAUUCCCAGGAGGCGGUGCGGGGCAGUGCCAUUCAGAGCCCCGGAGCCCUGGGACUGGCCAUGGGCAUGGGUGCCAACGCAACCAGCCUGGUGGGCAUGGUGGCCAGUGGUGGUGCCGGCACCAACGGGAACGCUGCAGCGGGCCCCGGCAUGUCAGAGGGGGCCAGCCCCGGCACUCUGAGCACCUACGCCAGUGACUCACCCAUCAGCUACCAUGAUGAUGAAGAAGAGGAAGAAGGGACAGAUGAAUGUGCUGAAGAGCAGUACAGGCAAAUCUGCAACAUGUAUACCAUGUACAGCAUGCUCAACAUGGGAGCUGCAGCAGCUGGUGAGCGUGUCGAGGCUCUGCCAGACCACACAGAGACGCGGGGUCGGAUGCGAGGCAGAGAUCUUACAUGUCUCCCUGCAGAACUCAUCGCUCAGAUAGGCAACCGGUGUCAUCCCAAACUGUACGAGGAAGGAGACCCUGCUGAGAAACUAGAGUUAGUCUCAGGUACUUCUGUGUAUAUAUCUCGAGCCCAGCUAAUGAACUGUCAUGUGAGCGCGGGGACCAGACACAAGGUGCUGCUCAGGAGGCUGCUGGCUGCCUUCUUUGACAGGAACACUCUGGCCAACAGCUGUGGAACAGGCAUCCGCUCAUCCACCAACGACCCGAGCCGCAAGCCGCUGGACAACAGAGUUCUGCAUGCGGUCAAAUUUUAUUGCCAGAACUUUGCCACCAGCUUCAAAGAGAGCGAGAUGAAUGCCAUCGCAGCGGACAUGUGCACCAACGCCCGCCGCGUGGUCCGUAAGAGCUGGAUCCCCAAGCUGAAGCUCCUGAUGGCCGAGAGCGACGCCUACACCGCUUUCCUCCCUGACGGCGUCAAGAUGGAGGACGACACCCUCGGGGCGGACCCGGGCUUCGACCCUGCCUCUCUGGAGGCCGCCGGCGGUGCUGGCAUGGAGUCCGGUGGCUCUUCAGGUGAAUCGCUACCAGGUGGGGGCGUCGACGGAGGACCGUUAUUUUGAACAUUGUGUCCGGGGGGGGGGGGGGGGAGUUUAAAUUUGGUGACACACGUACCAGUAUUCCCCAGCUCUGCUUGCCUCCUCACUCUUUGGCCCACGCUGAUCUCUCACAUGUGACUGUCUAUACUACACUGCUAGGGUCAACAGCUGCUGUUGCCCUGAUGUAACCAGGACAUGAAAACUUUAAUUUUUGCUUUACGACUGUACAAUGGAGUCAGUUGAGGAAAGGGAGAGUGAGAGGGUUUUCUCUCUGCCUCCCCUUGUCUUUUUAAGGUGUGUAAGCGCAUCCACUGUUACAUAUUAAAUACAUUCCCUGAAAUGCAGGUGUUGGGGAGAGCUGCUAGUGCAGCUUGAGGAGGAAGAAGGGAUGGCUGGUUGGAUAGGAGUAGAGGUGGCAGGUAUAUUGAAUGUAAGUGUCAGCGGCAUUUCUCUCUAUGCAACCCUGACGACUUGUAUUCCAGCCUGUAGGAAAAAGGAACUAAAUUUCAAAUAGAUACAAGAGUUAACACUACCUGUUCUUCCUCCCCUUGCAUCUUCCACUCAUCACCCUGCAAGUACUCUUCACCACAUCACCUUUCUCCAGACCAGAGAAUCUCACCUGAGUGUUUCACUGUGCAGUGUCUUAUAGGAAUUUAUCUCAUCUUUAUGUUUUCUAAAUUCAAAGCACGUUUCUCUGUCUAUAAGCUGAGCAAGUGAUCCAGAGAGAAGGGGGAAAGCUUUUUACUAAGAUGAUUGUAAAGAAAAUUUAAAGGGCAACAGGUAAUCAAAGAUGGUCAUAUUUUUAGAAGACAAACUAUAUUUAUACAAGCACCCAUGCCUGGAACGGCGUGAGCAAAGAGAGUGAGAGGGAUUGUUUUAAAAUCUCGAUCUUCAUGUUUUAUUGAAAGAGGUCUUGUCAAAUAAGGAAAAAAGUGCUAUUUUUGCAUAAAAAGGAGUAUAAUAAAGCAGUCUUAUCAUAAGACCCAUAGUCAUUUAUUUUUAUCUUUAUUUGACAGUGCAGAGUGAUGGAAUGAGCAGUUGAACUGCUAAAUUUGAAGCAUUUCAUCUUCUGUUCACUAGCUUGAAAAGGAAUAAUAAGACUGAUUCAGCUGGCUUGACUGUUGUCUACCAUAACCACUUGUUGUUAGGUUGCAAACCUGCAACGUUUGCCUCCUUCAGUAAAACAACAACCCGUGAUUUUGAAGAUUACUCGUAGAAAUGUAAAGGUUAUAUCGAUUCUACCAACUCUGCUAGUUUUUUCUUUGUACUGAAAUUAUCGAAAAGAAAAGAAAACUUCUGACAAAUGCAAAAGUCACAGGAAAUAAUUAUGGAAUAUUGGAACGUGCCUUUUUAAUUUAAGUCCGUAAGCAGAAGCCUGGUGGGAACAGUGAUGUCAUGAGGAGGCAAUAUUGCUCAAAGCAAAUAGGCUUUAUGGUACGAUCCAUGUGUGUUUGGGAAAGAAGGAGAACCCGAGUUGUCUUUAAGUAUGUAGUUUAUUCAUGUAUCUGAUUCACCACCUCUUUAAUAAGGAAAUUCAAAAUGGCUGAUAGUUAUAUUUAAGAGUUUGCAAUGAUUUUUCACCUUCCAUGAGAGUGGAGGUUUCUGCACCUUAAUGAGAAGAACCAGUGGUUCAUGCACCUUUUUGACAAAUGUUGUGUAGCAGUUGAACCCCUUUCAGUGGAAUUUGUCUAUUUUCUUCUUUUUCUUUUUCUCUCCAUGUCUGUCUGUGUUUCUUGUUUAGAAGUGGCACAAAUUCCUACUGUAAAUAAUCAAGACGACUGUUGAGUUAAAUCCCAAGUGUUCUUCCUUUCUGUUGCUGGAUGCAUGUGAUUAUGAAAUGUCAACAACUGAGCUUUUUUUUAAUAUAUGUGAAAGUUUGUGUUUGUUUGAAUGGCCUGUAAGAGGUCAGAACAGGGGAUUCAUUCAUCCUGUUGUGGAUGGAUAGAAGUGAAAAUGGUCCAGGUGUGACUUAGGAGUGUGUUCUUAACCUGAUAUCCUCUCACAUGCUUCUAAAAAAGGAUUUAUUUUCCUGAAGACAGAGAUGGGGUAAAAACCAAGAAGGGUAUGAUGCUUCUUGAGUCAAUAACUAGAAGCAUGAAAGAUAGAGCUCAACCUAUUUUUAUUUUUGAUUAAAACUACAAGGAUGGCUUUACUGAAACAGUUUGACCUGGUGAUAUGUAGACAGAACAAUAAUGCAGUACCUUGUAAGUAUUCUCUAAAGGGUAAUGACAACAAAACCUCAGUAUGCUCUGCAUUUGACUGUAAAUGCCACACGAGCACCCCUCCCCCACUUCACUUACCUCUACAGUAUCUUUGAAGACUGUUGUGCUUCCUGUGCUUCACACAGCUGGUGUCACGUUUCAUUUCCACAAGUUUAUUCAUGCGUUUCAGCGAGAGGCAAAGCAGUGGUUUUAGGUGGCUCAACCCAAAUUAGAAUAUCUUGAUACGUUGAAUUUGUUUAGUGGCUUUUAACUGGGCCACGUUUACAGUUUAAAGUACAUCUGUAUGUUUCUCCCCAAUAGGUUUUAACUUAAAUCACAAUUUCACAUUUUCAUUAUAUCAGACUUUUUCAAAAUACAUUUGACACCUUAACACCUGAUUCUUAGAUUACUGCUUUAUGUACACAGCAAAAAAGGUGUGUCUAAAAACAAGAUACACUAAAUCUGAGGGAAAUGAUCUUGCUGCAUGGACAGAUAAUUUCGCUUGACAAGAUUUCUUAAAUUAAGAUUAUUAAAUCUAGAAAUAAGCAUGUUGAACGCUUAAAAUAAGAAAUUAACUUGUAAAACAAGAUAAAUGAUCUUACACUUCUAAAUAUAUAUAUUUUUUUUAUCUUGGUAAGAAACAAAUAAUUGUCAGUGCACUCUGCUCCGGCCAGUUCAUCGCUGCUUGCAGCUUUAAUUUGUCUUGUUUUAAGAGUUAAUUUCUUAUUUUAAGCGUUCAACAUGCUUAUUUCUAGAUUUGAAAAGAUUUCUUAAAUUAAGAUUGUUAAAUCUAGAAAUAAGCAUGUUGAACGCUUAAAAUAAGAAAUUAACUCUUAAAACAAGAUAAAUUAUCUAACACUUCAAAAUCUAAAGUUUUUUUUUUAUCUUGGUAAGAAACAAAUAAUUGUCAGGUCACUCUGCUCGGGCCAGUUCAUCACUGCUUGCGGCUUUAAUUUAUCUUGUUUUAAGAGUUAAUUUCUUAUUUUAAGCGUUCAACAUGCCUAUAUCUAUAUUUAACAAUCUUAAUUUAAGAAAUCUUGUCAAGUGAAAUUAUCUGUCCAUGCAGCAAGAUCAUUUCCCUCAGAUUUAAUGUAUUUAUCUUGUUUUUAGACACACCUUUUUUGCAGUGUACAGAUGAAGGACCAAGAGACAUCAAUCACUAGAAUUGAACUGAGGCAGUUUUGGGAUCAUUCAACCUAACAAUGAAACUUAAAGGGACAGUUCAUUCCAAAAUUAAAAACACAUAAUUUCCUUAUUUCCUGUAGUGCUAUUUAUUAAUCUAGACUGUUGGAGAUAUUGGCCGUACAUAUGUCUACAUUCUCUCAAAUACAAUGAAACGACGUGGCUUGUGGCGCUCAAAAUACUCGAGUAAUACAUUUGAAAAACUCUACAGCAAUGUCUCUUUCCAGAAAUCAUGACUCCCGUUACUCAGUUUCAUGUAGGAAAAUGUUUUAUAUGUCUCCAACACUUCAGACAACAACAAUCUGGAUUAGCACACACAUUAAAGUAUCAAAAGUAAUUCGCUAUGCAGAAUGGCUUCACUCAAUUAUUGAUGCAUUUAUAUGAGCAGCAUUUUCAUUUUCCUCAACAUAGGGCUCAUUUAACUACUUAGUAUACUGUUAUGAGGUUUAAAAAAAAUAAGAAGUCUAAUCACUUUUAAUUGAUCAUGUUUUUUAUAUUAAUCCUCCUGUUAUGUCUCUUUCCAGAAAUCAUGACUCAUGUAGGAAAAUGUUUUAUAUGUCUCCAACACACAACAGCAAUCUGGAUUGGCUCUGGAUAGGCACUACAGUUAAAAGGAAAAAAACAAUCUGUCCCUUUUUAUUAUGUUAAAAUAAUGUUAAUAUCUCAUUCAGCAUAAUGGCUAUUAAAUAUGUCAUAUUCCUGCCUAAAGAAAUAAUCCAGGUGUAACAACAGCCAAUUGCUGUUGAAAAGUCUGCAUUUAGUUCCACUAUUACAGGACUGUUGUUAAGUAUGUCCUUAACAAGAUUUUAAACUAUUAAAAAACAAAGAGUCUGCUAGGAAAAAAAACAGAAAUCUAAAAAUAAAGUGGAGAAGCUUUUAAAGAGACACAUCUUCCAGUCCCCGUGUUAAACAAUGCCCUACUGAAUGACUUGCACUGUGAGUCACUGAAUAGAGCUGAAUAACCACCAGUGAAUCAGCGUUGAUUCUAAGGAAGCCAUGUUAGUGUGCUGUGACAACACAGCAGCCCCAGUCCAAACACAGAAAUGUCCACAGCAUUGACCCAGUCAGGACAUCCUGCUACUGCGCCUCAUGAGCCUCGAGUAGAAAUCACUACGGUUACGGUACUUGUCAGGGUUUUACGUAUAUUUAAGUUCCCUACUCACAAUUUACCUGCACACUGCUUCAUCUGCAAUAGCUGUGUGUUUCACUUAAUGUGCAUUUUAUUUUUUUGUCAGUAAGCAAACUGUAUGUUUACACUUCACAAAACAUGUAGACCUACACACUUGAAUGGAUAAGGUGUGGCACGGCAUGGGGAACCUUUUGUCACUAAACAGUAUAUAUAUAUAUAUAUAUAUAUAUAUAAAUAUGAUUUUACACAUGUAUAGAUAAAUACUGUAUAUUAUAUAUAGACGCACACAUAGAGGUCAGAUUGUUUGUUGUGCACUCGCAGCAUGAGGUAUAUAUUUACCCAGAAACGGCGCUUUCUUCACAACCUGUGCAGUAAUUGGACUGCCCAUGUCUUUGCCCCUGCUCCUUGCCCUGUGUAACCCUGUAGCACCAGUGGACAUCCUGUACUGCUCAUCCUAUUUCUUUCUGUGUUCCAAGUGCCAAUAACUUUGUGAAAGCCCUGUAACUGUGACCCAACAUUAUAAAAGGUAAUUGCACAUUAACAACUGUAAGAUAAAUAAAUACAAAUCAUAGAGAAAAUGUUAAAGAUGGAUUAAAUAAUGAAUAUCUUAAUAAAAGAUUUGUAACAAUUUC